AUGCCAUCUGCGUCGACAUAUAUCAAGGCCAUCUCAGGAGGCGCAUUCCUGUGCAUAGGCGGUCCUGCGCUCGUCUGGUACGUUACGCCGACUGAGGAAGAAAUCUUCAAGAGAUAUAGCCCGGAACUACAGAAGAAGGCUCUCGCGGGAAGGGAGCAGAGACAGAAGGACUUUGACGCAUUUGUUGGUCAAUUGAAGGAGGCUGCGCGUUCAGACAAGCCAAUCUGGGCUGCACAGAAGGAAAUGGAUGCAAAGAGGUCAGAGGAGGAACAACAGAUCCGCAGGGAGGAGCGCGAUGCAUAUGCUGCUGAGAGUCGGAGAAGACAAGCAGAGAUCAGAGCCAGCGCCAAGUAG